UUUUUAAAAAUGGACCUCUCAGAUAACCCUGGCAAAGUACAUACAGAAAUUAAUCGAGAUCCUAGGCUCUCCAGUAAAUGAGCGGUCACAGGAGGAUGUAUCAACACUGAAACCCCUCCUGAAGAACCUUCCAUUUAUUAAGAACAACGAACUGCUUCAGAAAAGUGGGAAGGCAGACCACAUGGUCGAAGACCUCUGACAGGUGCUUACUUUGUACAAGAUGAACAAAGGACAAACCGUCUUCAGGCUUGGUGAUUACGGGAAUAUUUUCUACAUAAUUAUACAUGGUACAGUCAGCGUACAUGUCAAAGUUGAUCGAGACAUCAUUGAAGGUCAGAAUGAUCCAAAAUUAGAGGAAAACCAUCAUAAAAAGAUCAUGGUUGAGGUUACCAGGCUCAAUGCACCAAAUUCCUUCGGAGAAAUAGCUCUCAUGGAGUACAAACCUCGUGCUGCUACUAUUAAAUGAGUCGAGGACUGAGUAUUCGCGCUUAUUGACAAGAGCAACUACCAGAAAAUUUUCGGAAGAUUGCAAAGAAGAAUAUAUGAAAAGAUAGUUAAGCUGUUCAGGUCAGUUCCCUAUUUCACUAAUUGGUCUGAAAAUGAGAUUAAAUAAGCUCCAUCGUUACUUCACCGAAGUUGAUUGAAGAAGAAAUACCUCGAUUUAUAAGCAAGGUGAUAUUGCAGACUAUGUAUAUCUUGUCAAGGAGGGAGAUUUUGACUUCCGCCGGAAGAUUAUUCAUAAAUUAAAACCUAAACAUAGCUUCCUCAAUAUUUACUCAGAAGAGCCUGAUACCAAUAUGUUCCGCAGUAAUUCACCACUUUCAUAUCCUUCUGGGAUGAACAGAUUGGAUCCCCAGAAUUUCAAAUGAGCUCAGGUAGGAAAAGGGAGUAUGUUCGGAGAACACGAGGCUGUCAAAAGAUGCAUUCGAAGAACAACAGUUAUAUGAAAUUCUACCACAGGGAAGCUACUCCGAAUUUCUGCAAAAGAUUUUGUGACAGUGAUUAAACAAAUUUCCCCAAAAACAUUGGGUCUUAUAGAAAAAUCCUCUGAGGGCAUCACUGAUCUAGUUAACCAUUUUCUGCAGAACAAGCGAGAAGUGGAGAUCCAGUCAAGAAUGGAGUAUCUUGGCUAUGACGACAAGAUCAAGGGCUUUACUAAGAAGAUUAGUAACUUUCCAGAGAAACAGAAGAGCAAAGACAAUUUAGAGGAAGAAAAGAAAGUUAAGACUAUUUCUUACGCCCAGCUGAUUAAUGAUAAUCCUUCUGACACUAAGAAAUUCAACAAUAACUCAAGGCUAGCAUCCAGGAGGAAGUCAUCAAGAGUUGUCAAGCAAACUCUCAAUUUGGAUCAUAAUCAGCUUCUCAGGGGAUUUUCUAGAUUUUCCAACCGAGAAGCCUCGAUUUUUGAUAACACAAAUGAUAGCCAGACACAGUCCAAGAAGUCCCUGUUAAACCACAUGGCGGAAGUUGACAGAUCUGAGUUUGACACUAAACGGAGCAAAUCCCCCAUUAUGAUUCAGGAGGACUUCUCGCAAGACAUUGGCAUGGCGCUGAGAAAUAAUCGGAGAUUAAGCAAGAUGCCAACCAUGAAGAUGCACGACUUGAAGACUUUGAGGCCUAAAAAUAAAUAAAGUCAAUAGGAAUAAGAUUGUCAUCAAUGCAGGAGUUGGAGAUUUGAGGUUAAAUAGAGCCAAGUCAAGGAAUAAAAGCAAAAUGGAAAUGCAUAGUACUGCCAGAAAGCCGAGGAUAAUCUCACCCUUGAGUAACAGAGUCAAGCAGAUCUCUAGAGUUAGAAACCUCAUUAGCCCACUCUCAAGAACAAAAUUCACCCGUAAGCUGAACCUAAAGAGUAAAAAGAUUGGUAAAAUCUUACAAAUCCGGUCCAAAAUGCUCUCUCGAAACACCAAGGCCAAAGCCCGUUUCAACAGCAUCAAGCGCCAACGUAAGAGCCCGUUCAGCCCCUCUAUGAACUUCACAAGCGCUGCGAAGGAUAUGGUCUUUUCGCCUGUAUCAGGUGAAAAGACCAUUAUUGACAUAAAUAAUAUUAACAACAUUUUUCUUUAA